UGUAGUGGCAGCAUGUUCACGUCAGGCUCGUGUGUGCGCGUCCAGUCGGAGGAGUUGCCAUGAAUCUCCUGCAGACAGACAUGUUUGGAUGCUGCUGUCUCCGCAUAAUCUGUCAGAUUAGAGCCGCUGCAGCUCAAAAAGAAGACAGAGGGGCGCUCUUUUUCAUCCUCUUUGGGUUUUAAUCAUUUAAAUCCUGGAAAAACGCCGAUGUUUGUUAUUUUGUUCUUCGUGUGUGUGCGCUGUCCGAGGUGCUGAAACCCUUCUGCGACCUUUCCGAGCUGCAAAAAAAAAAAAAAGGCGAAUUAAUGCGCAUCAAAGCGGUGAUCUGACGCAAAAUCGAGCCCGUUAGACGCACGCGGAGCCGAGGACAACCUGUUAGCUUCUCCUGGAUUACACCGCCUCAGCUGCACGCGCGUCACACCUGACUCCCAGGUGGAGAGACGAAGAGGAACAAGAAGAAGACAUUGAGAAUAUAUAUGACUUCUUAGCCGCAUACCUACUGACCUACUUUGUGCAAGUUGGGGGUCAAACCCGCGACGCAGAAGAGGUGGAAAUGGAGCUGAUGUGGAGACGGUGGUGACCCUGCAUGUGGGGGGAACUUGCAGUGAAAACGCCAGGAGAGUUUAAAAAAAGAAGAGAAAAAGACGGGAAGGAGGGAUGAAGAGGGUGAAGAGACAGAGGAGCGGGGAGAAAGAUAAGGUUAUGACCGCGUCUCUUCACCUGGACGUCGGGUUGAUGCUGCUGCUGCUGGCCUGCUGGCAGACUCCGGAGCUGGUCGGAGCAACUGUGCCAGCGGCCCCCGUCAACGUGUCGGUGACACAACUGAGGGCGCACUCGGCCAUGGUAACCUGGAACGUCCCUCAGGGAGACACCGUCAUCGGAUACUCCAUCUCACAGCAGAGGCAGGACGGCCUGAUGCAGCGCUCCAUCCGAGAGGUGAACACGUCGAGCCGCUGGUGUGUGCUGUGGGACCUGGACGAGGACACACACUACAGCGUACAGGUGCAGUCUGUGGGGCCAAACGGCGACAGCCAGCCGAGCCGUGCCGUCCACUUCAGGACUCUGGAGAAGACGGACCAUUACCCAGCCGGAGUCCUGGACCAGCAUGAACCAGCGAUGGAGGGUCUGGGAAUGACUCCUCACCUGCAGACAGGAGAGCUGCUCAUCAUCACCACCGUGCUGCUGCUGUGGGCAGCGGUGAUCGCCCUCUUCUGCCGGCAGUACGACAUCAUCAAAGACAACGACUCCAGCAGCACCAAAGACAAAGCCAAGAGGCCGCUGGUGCGCUCCACCUCCUACUACAACACGUCAGCCGGCAGCUCGCCGAUCUACCACAACGGAGCCGUACACAGCAGCAGGCUGCACAGAGCCUCAUCCUCCAUCAGCAUCAUCCGAGUGUGACUGCAGAAAGACUGAACAGGACAUGACGGGCUGAGCUGUUACCUGAGGAACUCUUCAACACGAUCCUGUGAUAGACGCAGAGUUGAUGGACGUGUUAGUCUAAUUUGUCAGAACGAUACGAGAACUAAUUCAAGACUUGGAUGACUACUGCCCUCUAGUGGCUGAAGACUGUUUCUGCAGCAUCAAAUCAAAACAGUGGACUUCUUUUGGAGCUCUGCAAAGCUUUUAAUGAGCUCAACAUUUUUCAACUGCAGCCAAACUCAUUUCCCCUCGUACAAAAAAAACCCCGGCUGAAUUUCAGCUCCUGCCUCUUCUUCUUCUUUAGUCAAAGACUCGCUGUAAAUGUUUCCCAGCAUGUCGGCCAAAUCCUGUCCUCUAAUCCAUUUUUGUUCCCUACUUUGUUGAUUUUUACGUUUAAAUUAAUGUUAAUCUGUACCCUUCAUCCCUGAUCAGUAAUAUGUACAGAACUAACAUGAACACAGGUGUAUCAUAUGUAACUAUAGAGAAUAUGUACAAAGAGAAUAUUGAAAUUUAAGCGUGAUUCAAACUAAUACUUGAACAUUUGAUUAACUCUUAAAUAAUAAGUUACAUUAAAUGAUGCAUAUGUUAGUUGUUCAUGUAAACAGAUAUGUUUGGUCCUUUUACUCUUUUAUUAGAUAAUCAUAACGUCCUCAAAUAACUGGUUAAAGUCUUGGAGUGGACUUUUUUUUUACUCGAUUGUUAGUUUCCUCUCAGUGUUGAUGGGAAAUGUAGUUAAUUGAAGCAAUAAAAAGCUGCUGGUUGCAGAGCUGCUCCAGCGGUGCCUUCAUGGAUGGUACAGCGCCGCUCUGCUGCAUUUCUUUAAGUCUUUAACUCCGCCUCCUUUAAGCCUGUCGACUGAAACGCUGCAGUCAUCUGGCCUUUCUCAAACCGCUCUGGACGCCCUCUCCCUGCACACUUCAACUCUGUUAGCGUGCUUGGAUGAAGAGUCCACCACGUUGAGUGUCGUCCAAAACCUCCGAGCAUGGAGUGAGAGCGGCUUGUUAAACCCUCCAACACAGCGAGUCUGCACCGCUGCUGACUCACUGAACAAACGAAAAAACACCUUUUAUUAAUCGUCAUGGAGACGCUCUGAACAUCAACGUUCUGUUUUAUCAACCACACAAACUAAAAAGCUUUUAAAUGACAUAUAAAGAUAGUGUCAUAGAUGUAGAUGUUAAAAAGUUAACGUCAUAAUCAAUCCUGAUUCAUGAUUUUCGGGGACUUCCAAAAACGAAUCACCUGUGGACGUGAUGUCAGAGGGAAUGGUUUGAGAAAGGCCCAGAGUUUAGAGUUUCAUUUCUGCUGUUUGUUGUCAUUUUGACGCUUGUUUUGUAAAACAAAUGAAGGCGAGAUACGAGACGCUCUGAAGAUGUUUGCAUGUAAAUAUGUUCACAUGAUGUUUGUGCAAGAAGAACAUGUUACACUUGUGCUUACACUGAAGGUUAGUUCAGAUUAUGUGGGUUAAAAUCUGCAAUAUUAAGUGUUUUUUAUAGGCUGAGAAAUGUUGAGCAAUUAAUUAUCAAAUAUUCAGCCCUUAGAUUAGAGAUACAUCGAUAUUUAGAGCUACACAUUUCUCAGAGGAAAGUAAUGUUACAAUGAUUUAAUGACACUUUAUGCAAUUCAGUAGGUUACACUUUAUUCAAAAGUAUAUGAAGUAGUUAAAGUUAGCUCUUCUUUAACAAAUGCAACAUUCACGUUUAAGAGUUUAAAUACAGGACUUCUUCUAGUGGAGGAUCUUCACAGGACGGUCAUUUAUUUAGGUUUGGGGUGAGGAGUCUGAAAACUUCAACACUGACUCAAAGUAACAUCCAGAAUCCAUGAAGCCGUCCUCACUGGUGUGCUGUAGAGUGCUACAGUUACAUCACAUUAAUACAGGUGGAAACGCAGUUUAACUUAACGUAACAUCCAGAUACAAUACUUCUCAUUAAACUUCUAGUCGUAUUAGGGAACUUAAUGCAAAACAGAGGAGCCAUCCUUUUCACAAAGUCUUUUAUUUGACUUUUAAAGAUGGUGCAUAUAAGGAAGUUAAGGCUAAAAGAUACAAAGCCUGAACUCUAAUAAGUGUUUUAAUAAUGUUGAAUUAUUCUUUUGUCGUUUAAGAAGAGACGGAUUCACAAGUAGAAAUCUUCCUCCUCCUUCCAGCACACAGCUCAUACACACGAGGACUUCCUGCAUCAGCCAAUCGAUACUCAGCCCCCUCACAGCCGUCCUGCAGUCGAUCAGCCGAGGUCGACUCUGACACACCUCGCCCCAUUUUUUCUAUAACUCAACAGAAUGAAUGAGAGACGUUUGACUCGAGAGGGAAGCAGUUUGCUCCCUUACAAGAUGAUUGAUUUCAUCAUUGACAGCUCCUUCAUGAAUGUACGACACAGAAGAGGGAAGGUUAAAAAAAAAAAAAGGACUCAUUCCUCUGACUAAAGAUAAAUAUAUAUGUGGAUGAGGAAAAGCUCAACUCAUAAAUCAUUUACUGGUUUGGAAAAGCCAAUCAGAGUGUCUGAAAAGCUUAAUUAAAAGUUACAUUGAGGGUCUCUUUUCAAAGGCUGAUUUGUUUUCUUGCAAACAUUUCUUUUCAGAAAUGUCCUGGUGAUGAUUUAAUGAUUAAGCCCACUGUCAAUCAAACUGCAGGUCUGUGAAGACAUCUUGAAUUAUGUUUUUAGAGGUAAUGAAGUUAGUACUGGGUUCAGUUAUCUGUAUUUGUUCAGUGUGUUGCUCCAUGUUGCAUCAUUUAUUUCAUGCUGCUAUCAAACUACAUAAAGAUGUUUGUGGAUGUGACUGGA